CAGUCGUUGUGGCUUCAGUCUUCUUAUCUCUAACCUUCAGUAAUUCCAGCUGCCAUACUAAGCUGUUCACUCUGAAACCAUGGCCAAGGACAUGACUCUCUGGUGGGGCUCCGGCUCUCCUCCCUGCUGGCGGGUAAUGAUCGCUCUGGAGGAGAAGAAACUGCAGGGAUACAACCAAAAACUGCUCUCCUUCGAGAAAGGAGAGCACAAGUCAAAGGAAGUCAUGGAUGUAAACCCCAGGGGACAGCUUCCUGCCUUCAAAUGUGGGGACAAAAUCAUCAACGAGUCCUACGGUGCAUGCUUCUUCCUGGAGUGUGAGUACAUGUCCCAGGGAACCAAACUGAUCCCUGUGAACUCCAGCGAGAAAGCUCUGGUGCUCCAGCGUACCUUUGAGGGUAACACGCUUCAUCAGAAAAUGGCGGAUGUUUUUAUGUACAACCGGAGGGUCCCGGAGAAUGAGAGGCAGGAAUCUGCCUUUAAGAGACUCAAGGAGACGCUGACUGGCGAGGUGCAGAUGUGGGAGGGACACCUGCAGAAGACACCAGGUGGUUUCCUGGCGGGAAAGAGCUUUUCAAUGGCUGAUGUGAUUGUUUAUCCAAGCGUUGCUCUUCUCUUCCGCAUGGGGCUAAGUGAGAAACGUUACCCCAAACUGUCAGAAUACCAUAAAAAUCUGAAGGACAGACCCAGCAUCAAAGCCACCUGGCCUCCACUUUGGAAGGACACCCCUGGACAGGACUUUUUGAAAGACAUCUGAGAUUGAGAGGCUCAUCAGCUGACAAGCCAAUCUUUCCUUGUUGUGUUUUUAAUUUGUUACUAUUCCUCGUAUUUCAGUACAAUAUGAUGAAUUUUUUUUUAACAUAUACUUUUCAAAGACCUUUUUACAUGUCCACUUAGGUGGACAACUGAUGUGUAUGGAGUGACACAUCAGUGUCCAAUGUAGUGGUUUAUUUGCAAGUAUACCAUUAACACUGACACAAAUACAAAAAAAAGCCUUUGAAUUGCUGUCCACUGCAGUGACCACUAUGUGUGAAAGGGUUAAAUCCAUCCUGCAGCUGUGCAGUUUUGACAGGAAAGGUCACUAAAUCAAAACUUUAACGCUUUACUUGAUUGUUGUCAUUCUUCUCUUUGAAACUGAGCUUUCCUAUCUAGGUAGCAACACUUGAGCAAUCACUGUAUGGAUUUGUAAAGACAUCAAAGUCACAUUAAAUGAAACACUGAUCUGUUCUACAAAAUCCAGGGGACAAAAAACAAACAAACAAAAAUGUUGUGCUUCAAAAAAACAACCUGCUACCCACAGUCCAACUCACAAAUUAUAAAGAUGUUCUACAAACACUAGAAUUAUAUUCAGCAUCACAAACAA